UCCAUUCUCACCCUCUCUUCUUCUUUUUAAUAACUCAAGAAAUAUAUAUAUACUCAAAGACAAUUCUUGAAAACAACUCUACUUCAAUUCUCUCUUUAAGUUUUAGCUUUCCUUUGCACAACAAAUCAAAUCCCAGUGUCUUGCUUAUAGCAAUCUGAUCAGAACUUAGCUAUACAAGCUACUAGCUUCAAUUGUUUGGUCACUCUUCCAAGCAUGAACCAAAUCCAAAGGCUAUCAUGACUUGCACUGAAAUGGCUUUCUUUCCCACAAAUUUCAUGCUCCAAACCUCUCAUGAAGAUCAUGACCAUCAACCCUCCACUUCUCUCAAUCCCCUCCUUCCCUCUUGCACUCCUCAAGACUUUCCAGGAGUGGCUUCAUUUCUAGGGAAGAGAUCUAUGGCUUUUUCUGGGGUGGAAACAACACAAAACUGUGAAGAAGCACAUGGAGUAGAUGAUGAUCUGUCAGAUGAUGGGUCCCAAGCAGGAGAGAAGAAGAGGAGGUUGAACAUGGAACAGGUGAAGACUCUGGAGAAGAACUUUGAGUUGGGAAACAAGCUUGAGCCUGAGAGGAAAAUGCAGUUGGCUAGGGCACUUGGGCUGCAGCCAAGGCAGAUUGCCAUUUGGUUUCAGAAUAGGAGGGCUAGAUGGAAGACCAAGCAGUUAGAGAAAGACUAUGAGGUCCUUAAGAGACAAUUUGAUGCUGUCAAAGCUGAAAAUGAUGCCCUCCAAGCCCAAAACCAGAAGCUUCAUGCUGAGAUAAUGGCACUAAAAAACAGGGAUCAACAGCCCACAGAAUCCAUAAACCUCAACAAAGAAACAGAAGGAUCUUGCAGCAAUAGAAGUGAGAACAGCUCAGAGAUAAAGCUGGACAUCUCAAGAACAAAAACUCCAGCCAUUGACAGCCAUCCAAGUGGCAGGUCUCUUUUCCCUUCCAAUAGUAUGAGGCCAGCUGGCAUGGCCUCCCAUCACCUCUUUCAAAACUCACCAUCUUCAAGGCCAUCAGAUAAUAAUCUUCAUCAUCAGCAUCAUCAGUGCCUCAAGAUGGAACAAUCUGUGGUCAAAGAAGAAAGCUUGUCCAGCAUGUUCUGUGGCAUUGAUGAUCAGUCUGGAUUCUGGCCAUGGUUGGAGCAACAGCAUUUCAAUUAAAGAGCUGAGUGAUGCUUUUUUUACUUUUAAAAUUUGUGGGAUUUGAGUGAAAUAGUUUCAAAUUAUAUAUAAUCACUUUACAUAUGGGGAUGGGCUGGUUGAAGAUAUAUGGAGGUGGAGUUAUGCUUUAAUUUGUUCAAUUUAAUUUGCUCUAUCUCUUGAGGUCUAUAUAGGUUAAGUUGGUGUAUAAAUUAACAGCUAA